ACAUGAAAAUGUUUCUUGCUAUAAUUUCUAUUCUCUUUCUUGCUGUAAUUUCUAUUCUCUUAACAUCAAUCACGACAUCGACAACCUCGACAUGGAACAUUAAUAUGUGCAAUAUGUACGAAGGAGAAUGGGUUUACGACAAAUCCUAUCCUCUCUUCGACUCCUCGGUCUGCAAAUCCAUUCGGAGAGAAUUCGAUUGUCUCAAGUUUGGUCGACCCGAUCGCGACUAUCUCAAAUACAGAUGGCAGCCAAAAGGAUGCAACUUACCCAGAUUCGAUGGAGUCGAUUUCUUGAGGAGAUUGAGAGGUAAGAAGGUGAUGUUUGUGGGGGAUUCGAUUAGCCUCAAUCAUUUUGAAUCGCUAAUUUGUCUUCUCAAGGCCACGGGGGCAGUUGGGAAUUCGAACAUUGCCGUAUCAAAUAGCUCCAUCACUACCGUAAUAUUUAAGCGCUAUGGAGUUUCGAUAAGCUUCUUUAGCUCUCAUUAUUUGGUCGACAUAAAAAGAGAGAGCGUUGGUCGAGUUUUGAAGCUCGAUUCAAUUAAAGAUGGAGAGACUUGGAGGCAUUAUGAUGUCUUAAUAUUCAACACAUGGCUUUGGUGGUACCGUAGAGGACCAAAACAACCGUGGGAUUAUGUCGAAGUGAAUGGUAAGAUAUCGAAGGAUAUGGACCGUAUGGAUGCAUUUCGAAAAGGUCUUACAACGUGGGCAAAAUGGGUUAACUCAUAUGUUAAACCUUCGACUAAAGUUUUCUUACAAGGAGUAAACCCAUCUCAUUACAGAGGGAUACAAUGGAAUAAUCCGAGAGCGACCAAUUGUUUAAACGAGACCACACCUAUGAGAGGUUCGACAUAUCCGGAUGGCGAACCAUUGGCAUCAAAAGUCAUGAAAGAAGUGUUAAAAACCCGAGUCUCGUCAUCAAAAUUGGUGCAUUUCCUUGACAUCUCAAAACUCUCACAAUUGAGGAAAGACGGGCAUCCGAGUAAGUACAAUGGCUUCCAUGGCAUGGACUGCACCCAUUGGUGCAUUGCCGGUGUCCUCGAAACGUGGAAUCAAAUUCUCUAUGCAUACCUUAUUUGAGGAAGUCAUCCCCGAGGAUCCAUUGAAAAAUAUCAACAACUCAUAAUCUAUUUGUAAAAACGCUAUAAAAAAAAAAUCAUUUUUAUACAAAGGUUUUUUCGUCCAUAAAUCUACUUUUUCCGUUACUAAUGACAUUAAAGACGGAAUUAGGGAUGAAAUUACGU